AUGUUCACACAAGUGCAAACAAAUAAACUUCCGAAACGCAAAUGGAAAACUGUGGUAGGAUUGGAAGUGCAUGCACAAAUAUCGAGUGAAUCAAAAUUAUUUUCCGAGAGUCCUACAAAAUAUGGCUUACCUGUUAAUACAGCAGUAUCUUAUUUUGAUGCUUCUUUACCUGGAACUUUACCAGUUUUAAAUCGCAAAUGUGUCGAAUCGGGUAUUAAAACUGCUUUGGCUUUGAAUUGUCAAGUAAAUGAAGUCUCUAUGUUUGAUAGAAAACAUUACUUUUAUGCUGAUUUGCCGAACGGUUACCAAAUUACACAACAACGGUCUGCUUUAGCUAAUAAUGGACAAAUCACGUUCCCAGUUAUAGUGCCUGGAAAAAAAAUUUAUUACAAAACCGUUCGUUUAUUGCAACUGCAAUUGGAGCAAGACAGUGGAAAAUCCUUACAUGAUGAAGAAUUGAAAAGAAGUCUAAUCGAUUUGAAUCGUGCUGGGUUACCAUUAAUGGAAUUAGUUUUUGCGCCCGACUUGGAAACAGGCGAAGAGGCAGCUUCUCUUGUCAAGGAAUUAAUAUUAAUAAUGCGUCGUUUAAAUACUUGUUCCUGCAAAAUGGAGGAAGGUGCCCUACGAGUAGAUGCUAAUAUAUCUGUACAUGAACCAGAUCAACCCUUGGGAGUUCGUACCGAAGUCAAAAAUAUCGGUUCAGUACGUAGUAUAUCUCAAGCGGUUUCUUAUGAAAUACAACGUCAACUCGAAAUUGUAGCCGCAGGUGGGGAUGUAUACAAUGAGACUCGUUCUUGGGAUGCUGAAAAACGUCGCACUUUAACUAUGCGCGACAAGGAAGUAUUACAAGACUAUCGAUUUAUGCCCGAACCAAAUUUGCCACCUCUACGUUUAAAUAUGAAGGAUAUACAAUUGGAUGGGGAAAAUCACACCUGCGGUAUAUGUGUGCCGCUCAUAGCUAAAGAACUGCCCGAAUUACCAGAGCAAACACGGAAGGAUCUAAUAGAGACUUACAAACUUAAUACGGAAACGGGUAUAAUAUUAGUGAAUGAACCGUUGCUAUUGGAACAUUUUCAAAAUAUUGUUAAGAAUUUUCCAGAUAUACCGAAAAAAAUGAUAACAAAUUUUCUUAUUAAUGAUUUGAUGACGUAUUGCAAUAAAAUCAAUAUUAAUAUUGAAGAAUGCAAUUUAACAUACAAUCACAUAAAAGACAUACUAAAGGCUUUAUAUAAUGAAAAAAUUAAUCUACACUCUGCCAGACGUUUAAUGGAAUUAGCUCACGAACAUCUCAACACAAAUGUGAACGAAUUAAUCAUGAUCUAUGACUUGCAACAAAUUUCCAAUGUCGACACAAUAGAAAAUUAUUGCCUUCAAGCUAUGGAAACUCAAUCAAAAGCAGUGAAACAAUAUCAAAGCGGUAAAACUAAAGCAUUAUUUGCUAUUGUUGGUGAAGUGGCGAAGUUAUCUAACCAGAAAGCAAACAUGAAAUCUGUAGUUCAAUGUUUAGAACGUUUGUUAAAAAAAUAG